GUUGAGUCUCGCAGCGUCGUUGGUCCUGGUCUCCUCUAAGUCAUUCGUGGUGCGGUCGGCACAGGGGACGCCGGUCACUGUUCGAAUUUCCAGAAGAAAAAUCGCGAACCGAGUGGCUGCUAGGUUAGGAUAUCCUUAUCGCGUUGCCGUCUGCUGAGCAACACGGCACAAUCGGUGUCCGGAAAUUUUCAGUCAACAUAACCCUUGCUGUGGGUGGACUACUCUGUGAGCGACAUGGCGGCGCGUUUGUGUGUGGGUGUCGACCUCGGCACCACCUACUCGGUGGUGGCGGUGUGGCGCAAGGGCAAGGUGGACGUGAUCGCCAACGACAGCGGCAGCCGCACCACUCCCAGUGUGGUGGCCUUCAUGGACGGCGAGGCCUUCGUCGGGGACGCUGCCAAGGACCUGCCGCAGGAGUGCAGGGUUUACGAUGCCAAGCGGCUGUUGGGGUGCUCUGCGGGCGACGCGGCGGUGCGGGACGACGCCAAGGACUGGCCCUUCGAGGUGCUGCAGGACGGCGGCGUGCUCAAGAUGAAGGUGGCGAGGGGCGGCAAGACGCUGACGCCGCAGGAGGUGUCUUCGAUGGUUAUGAAGUUUCUGAAAGAGGCUGCCGAGAUGUUCAUGGAUGAGCCAGUGCCCUGUGCAGUCAUUACAGUGCCACCGUACUUCACGGAACCUCAGCGAAAAGCCACCAGAGAAGCAGGUGCGGCGGCGGGCUUCCAAGUGCUGGGCAUGCCGGACGAGGCCGAGGCGGCGGUGACUGCCUACGGCCUGGCGGGCAAGACGGUGCUGGUGCUGCACAUCGGCGGCCGCUCUCAGUACGCCUGGGUCAGGCCGCACGGCGGCGAGGCCGCCACCAGGCACGCGGCCUGGGGAGGCAGCCUGUUCGACCAGCGGCUCCUCGAACACUUCGAGAAUGACAUCCGGCAGAAGCACGGCGUGCAGCAGCUGGACCCGCAGUCGCUGGAGGAGCUCCUCGCCCUCUGCGAGACGACCAAGAGGAAGCUGUCCGCCCUGCAGGAGGUGGCCGUGCGCGUGUACCUGCAGCAGCCCAACCUGGAGUACAAGGCCACCAUCAACCGGGCGCGUUUCGAGAACCUCUGCGCCGACCUGUUCGGCAAAGUCCAGGACCUCAUGGAGGGCGCGCUGGCCGCGGCCAAGGUGACUGCGGUGGACGAGGUGGUGCUGGUGGGCGGCUCGACGCGCAUGCCCCGCGUGCGGUCCAUGGUGCGGGAGGCGUACAGCGAGCCGCGGGUGUCGGUCAACCCCGACGAGGCCGUGGCGCACGGCGCGGCGCUGCACGCGGCCAGGCUGUCGGGGGAAGUCCCCGCCAACACCGGCGUGGUGCUCGUCGAUGCCGAGGUGCACCAGCGCACCGAGACCGUGCAACGGGACGGCGCAGGGCCCAGCGGUGCCGGACCCAGGAACCCGCCGCCGCCGCCAAAGAGCAGGACCAAGGGGGCCGAUGGGCCAGCCAUCGGCAUCGACCUCGGCACCACCUACUCGGUGGUGGCGGUGUGGCGCAAGGGGAAGGUCGACGUGAUGGCCAAUGAAAGCGGCAGUCGCACCACUCCCAGUGUGGUGGCCUUCAUGGACGGCGAGGCCUUCGUGGGGGACGCUGCCAAGGACCUGCCGGCCUCGACGAGGGUGUUCGAUGCCAAGCGGCUCAUCGGCCGGUCCUGGGAGGACAUGGACGUCCAGCAGGACCUCAAGCACUGGCCCUUCCAGGUGGUGGAGGAGGGCGGCGUGCCCAAGAUAGUCGUCGACGCGGCCGGCCGGAAGGAGAGUUUCACUCCGGAGGAGGUUUCGGCUAUGGUUCUGCGGUCGCUGAAGGAGACAGCUGAGAACUUCCUGGGGUGCCCCGUGACCAGGGCCGUGGUCACCGUCCCGGCCUACUUCAACGAGAAGCAGCGGCAGGCCACCAAAAGCGCGGGCAUGAUCGCGGGCUUGAACGUGCUGUCCAUCAUCAACGAGCCCACGGCGGCGGCCCUCGCCUACGGCCUGACCAAAAGCCCGGCCCAGCAGAAGACCGUCUUCAUCUUCGACCUCGGCGGCGGCACGUUCGACGUGUCGGUCUUGACCAUCAGGGGGAACGACUUCACCGUGCUGGCCUCGGACGGGGACACGCACUUGGGAGGGCAGGACUUCGACGUCCGCAUGAUGGAGCACUUUUUGAACGACAUCAAGACCCGCCUGGGCAUCUCCGACCUGGACCAGCAGUCCGUGCAGGACCUGCGCGCCCUGUGCGAGCUGUCCAAGCGGAAGCUCUCCUCGCUGCACGAGGCCUCCGCCAAGCUCUACCUGCCGCGCCACAACACCAACUACACUGCCUCCAUGACCAGGGCGCGCUUCGAGGACCUCUGUGGCGAUCUGUUCAGGAGGACCAUGGACAUCACCAACAGGGUGCUGGCCGAGGCGCGGGUGAGCCACGCUGACAUCGACGAGGUGGUGCUGGUGGGCGGCUCGACGCGCAUCCCCAAGGUGCGCGCCAUGCUGUCCGAGCUGUUCGGCGGCAAGGAGCUCCGCCACUCCGUCAACCCCGACGAGGCCGUGGCGUACGGCGCCGCGGUGCACGCCGCCAUCCUGUCGGGGGACAAGACCGUCGAGAAGCUGGUCAAGCUCAAGGACGUGACCCCGCUGUCCCUUGGCGUCGAGGUUGUCGGAGGAGUCUUUUCUGCCUUAAUCCGGAAGAACAGCCCGAUCCCCGUGAAAAACACCAAGCGCUUCUCCACUGUGCAAGACAACCAGAUUCAAUGUGGAUCUUUUGUGUAUCAGGGGGAGCGCACGUUCGUGAAGGACAACCACUGCUUGAAGGAGUUCACCGUGGACGUCCCUCCCAGGCCUGCUGGUCUAGCCACUAUCGACGUGACGUUUGAAAUCGACCUGGAUGGCUGCCUGAUUGUGACGGCUGUGGAGCCCACGACAAUGAAGCAGGCCCAGGUCAAGAUCUCUUCUGUUGAGUCGCGUCUCAGCGAUCAAGACAUCCACGAAAUGCUGGAAAAAGCGAAGCGCUACCAGCGCCAGGACGAUGAAGAGCUUAGGCGUCUGGAAGAGUUACUAAGAAACCGGCAAGAGUUAUAAAACAUUUUUGUUCUUGUUUUUAUUGGUUUUGAAAAAGAAGAGAAAAUAGUGUCUUUAUUGUUUUGCAUCUGAAUCGUGAUAGAAGAUUGUUCCUCUGAUAAAAAUAAGUGUCAUCUGUUGAUGCAUCUGAAGCAUGAACUGUUGCUGUCCUUUAAAAAUAAAAUAAAAAUCUUGUAUCUCAGUAUGGUAACAUGUCCUUUAAUGUUUGAUUUUGAUCCGACUUAUGCUUUAAGUGAAGUGUCAAAUUUGGAGGUAGUGGACUCAUCUCGUCAAAUUUAUGAAUACAGUAUUGUUUUUAUAUUCCGAUGUCAGCAGUGUGUUAUUCUCCCGGGCAGAUUCUCAAUUCUUUAUUGGAGCAGCUUAUUAAGAUAUAUGAAGGAUUCUUGUUUGCUCCUUUAAUUUACGUUGACCUGUUUACAUUGUAUAAAUUAAUGUAGGGGCUCUCAUGCCCCCACAUCUGUUGUUUCUAGGUUUAUCCUUACUUAUCCUCUAUCCUUACUCUUCAUGGUGUUGUCUCUAGAGGUGUGAUCUCAAAUAUUAGGACACGACGACAUGGAGACAAUAUGAUUAAGUUUGGACGAGGGUUUAAUCCUGGGUAAAACAUAGUGCACAUGUACUGUGGAAACUUGUUUAUUUUAACAGAGUCAAUGACACGGGAAAC